CCAUAUUUUUGCUGCCUGUCUGCUGUUUUAACUGCUACUGGGAUGCUGCCAUUUGGAGGUCCUGUGGACUGCCCACCAGAGUUAUCAUCGGUACUGCUAGCAUCAGAUUUGGAAUUACAGCCUUCCGCUCCCACAGUUGCAAGGUUUCUCAUGAAAACUGUCUCUUAGCUGGGAUCAGGAAAGAAGCUUGUUGGGACAAUAUCUUAUAUGGAAUGAGUGGAAGAUCUGAUGAAGUGUCAUUGUGAGCUUCAAAGAGCUGACGAUUGGUUAAAGCCUGCUGUCAUACUGGAGGCUUUUGAAGCAAGAGCCACUAGGAUGUCUGUUGCUUGUGCUCAAAACCUGGGCAAGUUCACAAAUACAGUAGAGGGCUUUUCGGAACUCUCAGCUGAUUUAGCUGAGGCACCAGUUGCUCAUUGCCAGUUGAUUGUUGUUUCAAAGUUCAUUGAGAAGUUGCAACAAGACCUCCCUGGAAAGGGAGUGAAACAAGUCUUAAGAAUGCUCUGCAACAUUUAUGCUUUGCAUAUUCUUCACAAAAAUCUGGGUGAUUUUGUAUCCACUGGCUGCGUAACUCCCAAGCAAGCUUCUCUUGCUAAUGAGCAGCUUAGGUCUUUGUAUGCCCAGGUCCGUCCCAAUGCAGUUGCCCUGGUUGUCUUUCAAUUAUACUGACCAUUACCUGGGAUCGGUUCUUGGCCGGUAUGAUGGCAAUGUGUAUCCGAAACUCUAUGAGGAAGCUUGGAAGGACCCUCUAAACAACUUGGUUGUACCUGAUGGCUACCAUGAAUAUAUUCGCCCCAUUCUGAAACAACUCAGAACCGCAAGACUCUGAGGACAUAAGCACUGUAACAACUGCGAUUGAAAAUUAAAAUAGCAUAAUCAGUAUCAUAAAAUAAUUAACCCCUACCCUAUGAAAGUUACCUAGAUUGUGAUAAGAAGACUGGGUUCUGGUCACCUAUACUGUGUGCCUUAAAUGGAAAAUAUUGGCGAAUAAGACUAUAAAAUUUUAUUGUAUUUAAAUUAUUGCAGAAAAAAAAUUAAAUGUGUUGAAGAA